AUGUCUUCAUUACCAUCAAACUACGGCGAGCGCCCGGUAGCGGUGCUCGGCGGAGGCGUCCUCGGUCGCCGUAUUGCUACUACUUGGGCUUCCGGCGGCUACAACGUUCAAGUCCGCGAGCCCAAUGUCAAGCAACACCAGCCCUGCCUGGACUACGUCAAGCAGAACGUCGACAGCUACCCGGCAUCAGGCACGAAACGGCCCGGCACCGUCCAGUGUUUCCAAAACCUCGAGACCGCCGUAAAGAACGCCUGGCUCGUGAUCGAGGCCGUACCCGAGAGAAUUGAGAUCAAGAUCGACACGUUUGCUGAGCUCGAGGCCAAGGCACCUGCAGACGCCAUCCUGGCAAGCAACUCGUCCUCGUACCGUUCAUCGGAGAUGCUCGACAAGGUCAAGGAUGAGACUAAGACGCGCAUCAUGAACACCCAUUACUACAUGCCCCCUGGAAACAUGGUCGUCGAGCUGAUGACCUGCGGGCACACUAACCCCGAUAUUUUCCCCUUCAUGACGGAUAGGCAGAAAGAGGUCGGCACGAGGCCGUUUACUGCGAGAAAGGAGUCGACUGGCUUCAUCUUCAACCGUCUGUGGGCUGCGAUCAAGCGCGAGACUCUGUCUAUUCUGGCUGAGGGUGUCUCGAGUCCCGAGGAGAUUGAUGCUCUGUUCGUUGAGCUUGGCAAGCGUGGUGUGGGACCUUGCGUCAUGAUGGAUGAGGUUGGUCUCGACACCGUCGCCUUUAUCGAAAAGCACUACGUCAAGGAGCGCGGCCUCUCCCCCGAAAACACCGUCGACUUCCUCGAGCGCGAGUUCCUCUCCAAGGGCAGACUCGGCACCAAGUCGACUAAGGGCGGUCUCUACCCCCACCUUCCCAAGAUCGUCGCCCUCGACCUCGGUCUGGGCCGCUCCAACAACCAAGCAACUUCCGGCCAAGUCAUCCAGCUGUCAUCGAAAGGCAAGCUCGAGAAAGUGCUUGUCGACCGCCAGCACGUUCCCGAUGGCAUCGACAUCGACGAGGAGACGAAGCGCAUGUUCUGGACUUGCAUGGGCACACCCGGCGAGCAGGACGGUGCUGUCUACUCUGCCAACCUCGACGGUACCGACGUCCAAUCCUUGUUCGUGCCGGGCGUCAUCAACACGCCCAAGCAGCUCGUCGUGGAACCUGAGUCGAGGAAGAUUUACUUCAGCGAUCGCGAGGGUAUGAGGGUGUACAGAUCCAACCUGGACGGGAGCGAGCUUGAGACCCUGGUUGCUUCUGGAAACGAUCCUGAGGACGUCAAGUCAUGGUGUGUCGGCAUCUCCGUCGCUCCCAAGCUUGGCAAGGUCUACUGGACUCAGAAGGGCGCACCCAAGUCUGGCCAGGGCUGCAUCUUCUGCGCCAACAUCGAGAUGCCCGAAGGAAAGACUGCCGAGACGAGAGAGGAUAUCGAGUGCUUCCUCGACAAGCUGCCGGAAUGCAUUGAUAUCGAGGUUGACGAGGACACGAACACAAUCUUCUGGACCGACCGUGGUGAGAUCCCUAAGGGCAACACCCUCAACAGGGCUCACAUUGACUCCAAGACUGGUCUGUUGGCGGCGACUGGUUCCGAGAGGUUCGAGAUCCUGGUCAGGCAUCUGAACGAGGCCAUCGGCGUGAAGCUCGACAAGGAGAAUGGCCACGUCUACUUUGGUGAUCUGGGUGGAAGCAUCUACCGCAGCAACUUUGACGGAACGGAGAAGAAAAAGCUCUUCUACGACGAGGACCGGGCUAUUUCUGGAAUUGCGCUCCUGCGCGACUAG